AUGGGGACGAAAAAUGAUGAUGGCAGACAUACCACUAUCCUCAGCCGAUCUGCGGGUGACGAACGGUUUGCCGCAACAUCCAUUAUUCGAGGCUGCAUGGAAAUGCUCGAGGGUCGCCCGGAAUGGGCCGAGGUGCUGCAUGCUUGGUCAAAGACAGAAAAAAUGGGACUUGCUUGGAAGCGAUACGAUCGUUUGGAAUGGAUCUUCGGUGUGAAUGAAGAAAACAUGUAUGGAUCGAUUGCAAUGCAGUCGUCCCACGACCUUGAGCUACGCCCACGACACCAUUAUUCGACGGCAAUCAAGCAGUCGGGGGAGAAGGAGCAAGAGCCACCGCCAAUCGAGGGGUUCUUGAUUCGACUUACAUCGCAGAAGGGCAUGCACCAAAGGAUGAACAAGAUGUUCUUCAAGAGGUUGUAUUUUUUCACUCAGGAUCAUUACUUGCUAUUCUGCAGGCCAGCAAAGGCAUUCCCUCCAACGCCGCCAAAGUUUGCCUCAGCUUGUAUGGACGAGGAAUCGGGUAUUCCAACUUCUCGCCAAAUCUUGAACGAGAUGCCGAUGUCUUGGGAUAUUGACCCAUACCCUAUCGAUGAUGGCGAAAUAUCUUGGCUCACCAACGGAAAUGACGAGUUUGUUCAACGACAUGACGAGGAAGCCUACGCCCAGAAACAGAGAAAUAUCCACAAUAUGAGUCAGGCUGAUGGAUAUAUUGAUUUAUGCCGAGUGACAGGUGUGCGCAUUGUCCAGCGUGGCAGUAGUCCUGCCGAUCCAAAUAUUGGAGAAGGGCCGGCCGUGGAUUUCCAACCCGAACCCACUGAUUCUCGACAAGAAGACGGUGCGACCAGGGAGUUUGACGAUGACAAAACAUUUGAAAUGACUCUAGAAAAUGGCCUGGUUAUCCGCUUGCAGGCCUAUGAUGCUUUCACUCGUGACGAAUGGAUCAAGCGACUUGACACUUUGGUCAAAUACUGGAGGAUGCGCCACGCCGACGAUGCAGCUGAGCUUCAGGCUGUGCGGAACCGGAAUCUCAAGCUCUUGGAGAUCGACGAAGAAAUGGAAUCAGUUGUGGGUCAGUUUGCAAAGAAAUGGGAGGUAAAAAAGGCAGAAGCAUCGCCUCAUUUGCACAACAUGUGUGCUUUGUCUGGUUGUCGAACAAUAAAGAUGUCCGGACAACUUUAUCGCAAGCCUCGCCGUCAUACAACUUUUACGAAGUGCCAUGUUCUUCUCACUGCGGGCAAGCUGCUCGUCUUCCGUAGUACGCUGCGUAAAGGGAACGGUGUCGUGGUUCCGCAUAUCCACCAAGAGCAUGAAACAACGAUCGAUUUGAAUGACUGCUACAUCUAUUCUGGACUUGUCACGGAGAAUGAUCUGUUGUAUGCCAACCAAACUUUCGAUAGUAAUAACCCAGGCCUGCACGCACUUCCACGUGCAUAUCUUUCAUCGGACGUCUUUACCAGCCGAGAUGAGGACACCGCAAUCACAUUCGUUCUCUGGCAGCCCACCAAGAAAAGCCUAUUUCGAGCCCAGGAAACAGGCGCCCAGGGCAAAGCCAAGCGCUCUUUAAGACAUGUGACGACCCUAGGAAAACACGGUCGAACGAUCGUUUUCAAGGCACGUAGUCGUGUCGAGAAAGAUCAAUGGGUUUUGAGCAUCUCGUCUGAGAUCGAUCGACUACAGGAAGAGAAGCCGGAAGAUAUCCGGAUUGUUUCUCAAUAA